AUGACAUCUGCAAUAAAUAAAGGUGUGUUUAUCGUAGCUGCCAAACGAACACCGUUUGGAAGAUAUGGCGGAGCCCUCAAAGAUUCUCAUCCAGCCGAUUUGUUCGCUGUCGCAGCUAAAGAGACGUUCAAAGCUGGGAAUGUCAGUCCAGCCAUUAUAGAUACGGUCAACGUCGGACAAGUUAAUGUUAUGAGUGGUUCUGGUGAUGGCGCCCUUGCAGCUAGACACGGAGCCCUACGAGCCGGUGUUCCACAAGAGAAACCCGUUUUGGGAGUGAAUAGAUUAUGUGGUUCGGGAUUUCAAGCAAUUAUUAACAGUGCACAGGAUAUUUUAACUGGGGCGGCAAACAUCUCCUUAGCUGGUGGAACGGAGAGCAUGUCAACAGUUCCUUUUGUCGUGCGAAACGUACGGUUCGGGGUACCGCUAGGUGUAAACACAGCAUUUGAAGACCUUCUUACGUCAUCCUCUUUGGACUCCUAUUGCAAGUUCACCAUGCCACAGACUGCGGAAAACCUCGCAGAAAAGUAUGGCCUUAAACGUGGUGAUGUAGACGAAUUUGCCCUGCAGUCACAGAAAAAAUGGAAAGCAGCAUACGACAAUGGCGUAUUCAAGGAAGAGAUUGCACCGGUUCCUGUCAAGGUUAAAAAGCAGGAGGUUCUGUUUGAAAAGGAUGAACACCCGCGUCCGGAGACGACAGCUGAAGGCCUACAUAAGCUGCCGGUGCUGUUUCGCAAAGGAGGAGUUGUGACUGCUGGAAACUCUUCUGGAGUGAACGACGGCGCUGGUGCUCUAAUAUUAGCUAACGAGGAUGCCCUCAAGUCCAACAACUUAAAGCCACUAGCUAGACUACUGGGAUGGUCGUUCGUAGGUGUGGAGCCUGGCAUCAUGGGUAUUGGUCCUGUACCAGCUAUCCAGAAUGUAUUAGCCGCCAACAACUUGAAGUUGGAUGAUAUUGAUCUGGUCGAGAUCAACGAAGCCUUUGCAGCGCAAACUCUAGCUUGUCUGUCGGAAUUAAAACUCGACCAAAACAAGUUAAACGUCAACGGUGGAGCGAUAGCUAUUGGUCAUCCACUGGGUGCUUCCGGCGCUAGAAUUACAGCGCAUCUCGUACACGAGCUAAGGCGACGUGGACUCAAAAGAGGGAUCGGUUCAGCUUGCAUCGGUGGAGGACAAGGCAUUGCACUACUAGUGGAGACUGUUUAA